UGAAAACAAAGAGGUCUCACUCUGAUAUAUUUUCCAGCCACCACAAGUGACAUAUUGUGUCGACAUAGAUUUUGUGAAAAGAACAAAAAAUGAUUUGAACUGGGAAUGUACAGGCCUAUAUAUGCAUCGCUAGAUUCAUUUACACCAUAUAAAGCAUAUAGUUCGAAUGUGAUAAUAUCAAGACAAACAAGAGCAUUUUAACGACGUCCACUCAUGCCCGAUCGGUCUGGAAAGUGUGUCGAGGUUCUUUUUUUUCGCCAACGAGUGAGUUGCUCUUUCGAAAGCGUAGACGAUCUUUGUCGCUGCUGGUUCUGACAGCGGCGGGGGAGCUGGUGAGGAGAGCGGCGGAUGCGUGUGGACCACAGCUUGCUGCUGCAGCGGCUGAGAGGGGGGACGGACACACUGGCCGGGCACGGUCCGUCAGACACACUCUCUCUCUCUCUCUCUCUCUCUCUCUCUCACACACACACGCCUCAUCAUUUUCUACAGCAUCAACACACUCUCCGGCGGGGGAGGAAACAGGAGCCGGUUAGCAGCGGACGGUUUCAGCCACUUCUUGACGACAGACUGUGUCGAAGAUUCCUCACAGAGUGGACCCACACUCCGUUGACCACCCCACUGUGCUGUUGGAUUUCAAAAGGAUUUCACUGUCACAAGUUGAAACAUGGACAGGAAGAGGAAGUGGGUGCCGGGCUUCGGAGCUGUGUUAUUGAUACUCUUGAGUCACGAGACCUCGGCACUGGAAGUGCCUCUUGAUCCUCAAGUACUGAAAGGAUUGCCCCAACCCCCCACUAUAACACUACAGUCCCCAAAGGAUUACAUCUUUGAUCCACGGGAGAACAUUGUCAUCCACUGUGAGGCCAAGGGGAACCCAGAUCCCAGCUUUUCGUGGACAAGAAAUGGGACCCACUUUGAUGUUGAGAAAGACUCCAAAGUCCUGAUGAAGCCCAGUUCAGGAACUCUGGUCAUUGACAUCAGUGGGGAGAAAGCUGAGGCUUACGAGGGAACGUACCAGUGUACAGCACACAACGACCACGGCACUGCUGUAUCCAACAAAAUUGUCAUCAGGCAGUCAAGGUCCCCCUUGUGGUCAAAGGAGAGAAAUGAGGCCAUCGUUGUACAGAAGGGGGUCUCCCUGGUGCUGCAGUGCCGACCCCCUGCAGGGCUGCCCCCUCCUGUCAUCUUCUGGAUGGAUAACAACUUCCAGAAGCUGCCACUGGACAAACGAGUGUCCCAGGCUCUGAAUGGAGAUUUGUACUUUUCAAAUGUUCUCCCAGAGGACAGCAGACCUGACUACAUCUGCUAUGCUCGCUUCCCUCACACUCAAACCAUCCAGCAGAAACAACCCAUUUCAGUUACCGUGAUGGACAACAGACCAGAGGGGGAGCAUCGUCCUGGUUUCAUGAUGCCUUUGGGGGCCACCAGUACCAAGAUGGUUCUGAAAGGGGAGACUCUGGAGCUGGAAUGCGUUGCUGAGGGCUUGCCCACUCCAGAGAUCUCCUGGCAGAAGGAUGGAGGAGCGCUGCCGAGCAACAGGAUGUCCUUUCAGAACUUCCAAAAAACGCUCAGGAUUUCUGAUGUGAAUGAAGCUGAUGCUGGGGACUACCGUUGUACAGCCACAAACAGCCUGGGCAGUGCCCACCACGUCAUUAAGGUCACUGUCAAAGCGGCUCCUUUCUGGGUCAGUGCUCCCAGGAACCUGAUACUCGCCCCCAAUGAAACUGGCAUCCUGACUUGUCGAGUCAAUGGCGAUCCCAAACCUAAAAUUAGCUGGUUUGUCAAUGGAGUUCCUCUAGAAAACGCACCUGAGGACCCAAGUCGGAAGGUGGAGGACGACACUGUGAUUCUUAGCAAUGUGCAGUCAGGCUCCAGUGCUGUCUACCAGUGCAAUGCAUCCAAUGAAUUUGGUUACCUGUUGGCAAAUGCUUUUGUCAGCGUUCUUGCUGAGUCUCCAAGGGUGCUCACGCCACCCAACCUUGUGUACCAGGUCAUCACCAACAACCCUGCAUUACUUCACUGUGCCUCCUUUGGCUCGCCAAUACCAGUUAUCACUUGGUUCAAGGACACUCAGACUAGCAUUAAGAACGGUGACCCUUAUGUGAUCCAUGAGAAUGGUACUUUGGAGAUCCCUGUGGCCCAGCCACUAAACAGUGGAAAGUACACUUGCAUUGCCACCAACAACCUGGGAAUCAAGGAGAACCAUGUCUACCUGGAGGUUAAAGAGCCCACCCGUAUCCUGAAGCAGCCGGAGUACAAAGUGGUACAGAGAGGAAUGAGCGCUGUGUUCGAGUGUAAAGUCAAACACGACCCGUCUCUCAUUCCCACUAUGACCUGGCUUAAAGACAAUGGAGAGUUACCCGAUGAUGAGAGGUUUGUGGUGGACACAGACAGUCUGACCAUCAAAGCUGUGAUUGAUGAAGAUGAAGGCACCUACACCUGCAUCAUGAACACCACCCUGGACAAGGACUCAGCCAGUGCCAUGCUGACUGUUGUAGAGACUACUCCUACACCAGCUAUUGUCUACGAGAAACCUGACCCACCAACUGACCUGGAACUGACUGACCAGACUGAGAGAAGCGUUCGGCUCACUUGGAUCCCUGGAGAUGAACACAACAGUCCCGUACAGAAGUUUCUGAUCCAAUAUGAAGAUCUGCUCCACCAUCCAGGAGUUUGGAUCAACCUAACAGAGGUUGCUAGUACUAGCACCACAGCUCAGUUGAACCUCUCUCCAUACGUCUACUACUCUUUCAGAGUCCUGGCUAUGAAUCAUGUUGGCUACAGCCAGCCUAGCCAGCCCUCGAGCCAAUACAGGACCAGCCCUGCAGCUCCUGAUGGAAAUCCAUCAGAUGUUCAGGGAAUAGGAACAGAGCCUGGAAACUUAGUCAUCUCCUGGACACCGCUGACAGGGUUUCAGUCCAAUGGACCUGGUCUGGAGUACAAAGUGCAGUGGAGACAGAAGGACGUGGAUGAGGAUUGGUCCUCAAAGAAUGUGGCCAACAUUUCCCAGUUUGUUGUGUCUGGUACUCCAACCUACGUGCCCUAUGAAAUCAAGGUUCAAGCUUUGAAUGAUUAUGGCAACGGCCCAGAGCCUGAAGUAGUGAUUGGAUACUCUGGAGAAGACUUGCCUUUGUCUGCCCCUGAUAAUGUGCACGUCAUGGUUCACAACACCACACUCGCAGAGGUACACUGGGAGCCUGUUUCUGUCCCCUCAGUCAGAGGGAAACUACAGGGAUACAAGGUGUACUACCACCGUGAGCGUGGCUUGCAUGAGACAGAAGGGGAGGCAGAGCAGCAGGAUCAGGUUCUGACGUUCAGUGGGAAUCGUAGUGAGGGACGUCUGCCGGGACUCAGGCCUUACAGCGUCUAUAACCUUUCCAUCAGAGUCCUUAAUAACAAAGGAGAAGGGCCUCCUAGCCCCAGCAAGAGAUUUGAGACACCUGAAGGGGUCCCAGGGCCUCCCUCUUUUCUGAAUGUCAUAAACCCCAGUUUGGACUCUCUCACUCUGGAAUGGGGCCCACCAUUGCAACACAAUGGACGCCUUGCUGGAUACACACUGAAAUACCAGCCAGUCAACAGCACCAGUGAAUUGGGACCAGUUAAGGUCAAGGACCUCCUAGCAAACGAGACCACCUUUAUCUUGGACAGCCUUAACUCCAGCAUGCUCUAUAAGUUUUACUUAAGUGCAAAGACAAUCAAGGGCUCUGGCCCCGUCAUCACAGAAGAGGCCUUCACAGUCAUGGACACAAUUCGUACUCAGCCCACUGUAGGGACGGGCAAAGGCCCCACAGAGCCCCCUCACCCAACUUCCCCCAUCACUCAGUCUCCGCCUCCCCCGUUUCACAAGGUGCCACCUGUAGGCCCUGCAUUUGGCACAGUUAACACGUCUAUAUCGGAGAAUGGUGCAGUGAUCAGUUGGGAUUACUUUGGACACCAUAGGAAUGUAUACGUGGAAUAUAUUGUAGAAAACAGUAAAGAGGACUGGAAAAAGGAGUUGGUAAACGGUUCACAUUGGCAUAUGAUAAAAGGUUUAAAGCCCGGGACGUCCUAUAGGGUGCGUGUGGUAGCUAGAGACCCGAAUGACCCGACUGUCCACAGCACAGACGAAGUGUUGGUUGCGGUGCCAGCCGUACCCAGCCGGCAGGUGGACAUUGCCACACAGGGAUGGUUUAUUGGACUGAUGUGUGCCAUCGCUCUGCUCAUCUUGGUCCUUCUCAUAGUGUGCUUCAUCAAAAGAAACAAGGGUGGCAAAUAUCCAGUAAAAGAGAAAGAAGACGCUCACCAAGACCCUGAGAUCCAGCCUAUGAAGGAGGAUGAUGGGACAUUUGGAGAGUACAGUGACACGGAGGACCACAAGCCGCUGAAGGGCAGCCGGACGCCAUCCAACGGGACGGUGCGCCGUGACGAGAGUGACGACAGCUUGGUAGACUACGGGGAGGGUGGGGACGGACAAUUCAACGAGGACGGCUCCUUCAUUGGCCAGUACAGCGGCAAGAAAGAGAAAGACACGCACGAAGGCAACGAGAGUUCGGAGGCCCCGUCGCCCGUCAACGCCAUGAACUCAUUUGUCUAACGAAGGGCUGCAGGCCUGGCUUCGACGGUUGCUACGGCCACACCUUGUCACCCUGGCAAAUGUGACCACAGGGACUGUCUCUGUGGUGGCAGUUGCUAAGGUGACAGUCAUUGCGGACACCUACUUUUACCAUUGCUACCUGUCACCAAGACUGCUGAUAACGCCCUCAUCUCCACACCCACCAGCCCCUGUCACACUGUGACCUCCUCUGAUCAACACACACUCAACGUGGCAAAGACACCCCACCCCCCCUCAUGAGCAUUAGGUGUGAAACGAGGGAUGUGACGACUCUGAGAGGGAGAGAGGAAGCAAUAUAGAAAAGCAGAAGGAAUGUAUCAGAAAGAGUUUUACCACAAACUGAGCAGAAGUGUGGCCAAGUGUGUGUGUGUGUGUGUUAGUGCCAUUCGUUCUCCUCUGCAAACAGAACAUGAUGUAUCCAACUAUGUAUUUGUACUGUAUGUACUGUAUCAAAGUACAGUACAUGACCCACAGGCAGGCAAAUAUGCAUUGAAUCACGCUCAUAAACACCUGCAUGCAGUAAGUCAUGAUCCUAAUGAGCAUUUUACCAUCCUGGUGUCAGUCGUCGCAGAGGUGAGCCACGUCUUGUUAAGACUGUAUAUGGUGCACGCCUAUCCCCAGUAACUACGUUAUGAGUGUUAUUGUUUUCUCCUUUUUUUUUUCAUGUCAAAGUGUUCAAUGGCGUAUGGCAUAUAGAGAAAAAAAGCUGUCUUUUUGGACGCCCCUGUCAAGUUUGUGACUCACAGUACAGACAGAUGAGCUCUUUGUACAUGUGUAAUAGAAUAAAAGAAAGCUAUAGUUUAAGGUCAGGGAUGUCCAUUCAUAGUCACUGGAAACCUGGCUAAAAACACUCGGCUGUCAGUCGCUCCUUAUUACAUCAGCCAGCACACACCUUAUUCCAGUCUGUGUGUUUUCAACCUUGUGUUUUCUCAGCCUUGUUCUUUAUUGAUGUUUCCUUUUUGUUUUGCUUUACUUUCCCUGAUCUGUUCCUUUUAACAUGGAGCCUGCACGUCUUGUUAGAGCAUUAACUGAACACAAGAGGAGGUGUGAUUGAGCCAGUGUCAUUGUUAAGUGCUUCCACGCAGAAUCAUGGCCACUGUGCAGGCAUUUGUUUUAGGUUAUCACGGUAUUGUCAGAACUAACCCCUUAUACAGGAUUGUUUCCUAUAGCAUUUCCUCUUAUCUGCUGCGUAUACUGGCAGAAAAGACAUUACAUGUAGAGGUUUAGAAGAGUACACACUGUAGUUUCUGGAUAUUUAGAUGCUGAUGAGCAAGAACCUCUCAGUGUGGUUUCUAGUGCCUUUGUAGAGAACAUUGACUCAGAUCCACAGAAUUAACAUCCCUCUUCAUACACAGGAACAUACCUGUUCUCAGUUCAUAUAGUCUAUGAAUGCAGUACCAUGCAGAAUCACAGCGUACUUUGGUGACAACUUUAAAUGUUGUGCGAGCAUCCGAAACUGCAUUAAACACUUGCAGAAAAUAACCUGUAAGGGAUUCCGCUUUUGUUGAAGACUUUGUUCGUUGAAACUAAGACCCUUUAUUGUGAGCUAUAAUGGUCACUGAGAAUUGUGAAACAUCAUCGUGCGCUUAUUAAUUUCAAACAGCCUCCUCGAAACUAGUACAUACUGUUUUCAACAGGGCAGAAAACAAUUUCAGAAAUGACUUUUUCCACAGUUGUAUCCUGGCAUUAGUUGUGAGAAAUAAUUUUCAAGUAUAGAUUGUUAUGGCCUUUUUGACAAUCAUACACACAUUUUACAUCAGCCCAUAUGGUAUCGGCUACAUACAGAUGACCAAAUCACACGGUGAUUGAGGAAAUGUAUGGGAUAUUAAAACAUGUAGGAAAACAGGUCAGAACGUCAUUUCGAACAUUCUCAUCCUAAUACGUUCAUCUUGAGGAAGAGCCGCUGCUGCCUAGCAGCACUAAACUACUGCCAACCUUCUCACCAGGUAACUGCCAAAAGGAACCAGACUCAUCAUCUGGCACAGACUAUUAUCAGAAUGGGACUUACUGUUACUGGUAGCACUUACAACUGAAGGGGUUGGAAUGAAUACUGAAUGUGGAAACAAGUGUAUGUGUUUAUGUGAAUAAAAAUAUUGCUUGUUUCACUGCAAAUGGUAAAACACACUGGUGACUUUGGUUUAUGCAUUUAACCUUAUAUCUGUGUAUGUUGUCACAUUCUGAGCGCAGCACUCAGUGAGUUUUAUAUUCCUGUAAAUGAAUGAAACUCGGACGUUUGGGUGCAUGAGGGUGUGGAUGUGUGUGUGUGCGCAGCACAUGCAUGCUACUGUGUUACAGCGUGCGUGGUGUAUACUAUCGCUUUCAUUUUCCAUGGAUAAACGUCUAUAAUUCUGAUGUGUGUCCAGCAGUCCACUCCUACUCUCAGCAGGAGAGAUACAAGACUUUUUUUUUUUCCAGAACGUUUCCACAUCUUAAGUUUAUCAUAACUUGCAUCAAGUUUUUAGGUUUGCGAUGUGUCAGCUUUCCAUGUGUAGAUAUUUUUGUUGUAUUUUGUAAAUAAUGGUUUGAAUUGAGCGUAGAUGUGUUGAGGUCAGAGGUGAGAGCUUGACCUCAAUUGGCCCUGCUGCAUUAUGGGUAGCAGGGCAAAAUGGAGCUGUGUGAGAUGAGACUAUUUACAGUUUUCACUUUCAUUUGCUGUGAAAUUAAUUUUAUUUCUUAUAUAUUUUUUUUUCAAAUUUGUCAGGUGGAUUUGCUAGCUCAAAUGUUUAGCCUAUCAGGUAUCAAAGGAGAUUAUUUAACUUGUGACUGAGCUCUUGUGACACCUGUAUUGUUUCUGUCUCUGACAGUUCAUGCACCUUUUUCUGUAUUUUUUAUAAAAAUCCACAAGCUUAAACGGGACGCAUCAUUUCGGACACAUCCGUGCCUCUGGUUUACGACAACAUCUGGUGUCUGAGCACAGCACGCUGGAAAACUGUUGUCCUGAACUAGACGUCAGAUGAAAAUGAUGCUUCCUUUUAAGAGUGUGUUUUAAAAAAUAAAACAAAUCUGUAAUUUGGAGCAUACAGAAAGAUGGCUGGCAUGGAACAGAUAAGCAGACUGGAAAACAAUGUUCUAGUGACUGGUAAACAUACAGUAGGAAUAUACAGUAGGCCUAUAUGAUAUGAUAUAAUAUGACAUUCUGGUUAAUGUUAAAGCUACAUGAGAAGCAUGAGAGGCUGUCAAAAUGGUUUACUCUACAAUAUGAUAUUGCAAAAUAUUUUGUAUUUUAAAUGAAAUUUAAAAAAGAAAUGAAAUAAAUGUUGGUUUCAGGA